UACAUGUAUUGAUAUUUGAGUAUUUUGUAAAUAAAAAAUUUUGAAUUGUGAAUCAAUCUAAUUAUAUAAUAUCUGUUUUUGCAUUAAUAGAAUGAAUUUUCAUAAUCAAAUUUCAUACAAUUAUAACAUUUGACAAGAUCACUGCCUAAAUCGAUAAAAAUUUACUUUUAUAAUACUGCAAAAUAAUAGAAGUAAAUAAUUUACUUAAUAUCAUUCACAAUCUUUUCACAUAAAAAAAAUUUAUAAAAAUAAUCAUUUACAAAAAAAAAUAUUUUCACAAUUAACAAUAUAGAUCACUUAAAUUAAUAUAAUUGUUAAAAUAUUAUUAUUAGUUACAGAAACAGCCUAACUGCGAAUAUAAGUCACUGAUUUAUAUAAUACAUUUUUGGCGUUAUUUCGUAGUAAAGAUUUAAAAAAGUAAAUUGAUUUUGUUUCUCUUUUACCUUUUUUAUAAAUAUGAUAUUCCAUUUUUUUUUUCAUCAUUACAGGAAAUUAGGAAAUUAUAAAACUAAGAGAUAAAUUUUAUCUUUCAUUCCGUUCAUACAGACGGAUGUUUAAUCCCGAUAGUUGACUUAUAAUAUAUAUUUCAAUUUUAAUCAUGUCACUUAAAAUUCAAUUUGUAAAAUGCAUAUUGUGUGUUAUUUUAUACAUUAUAAUUUACAUUAUUUUAUUAAGAUUAAAACAGAAUUAUUUAACACAAUAUUCAAGUUCAUUGUUUUUUGCAAAUAAUCAAACAAAGCAAGAAUGUUCUUUAGUUUCUCAAUCUGUUAUAAAACCAAUUAAUUUAGAGAUAGAACUUUUAGAAUAUGAUGAAAUGAAAGGAGAAUCAAUUAAUUUGCAAGAAAGUGCAACAAUGUUGCAACAAAUUUCAAAUGUAUGUAUAAAAUAUAAUUUAAAAACUCCUUUAAUAAGAAAGCAUUUUUUAUAUAAUUCUGAACAUAAAACAAUGUAUUGUUGGAUUCGAAAAGUAGCUUCAACAAGUUUCACAAAAUUAUUUGCAGAUUUAAAAAAUCGUCUACCCACACAAAAUUAUUAUAGAGAUCGAAUAGCAGAUAAUACAAAAUAUACUGCACAAGCUUGGAUUUAUACAGAAAAAAUAUUUCGUUUUACGAGACCUGAAUUAUUUCAUUCGAAUACGACAACUGGUAAUUUUCGAGAAAGAGUAUUUACAUCUGAUAAAAGAUUAAAGAUAAUACCAACUUUUAAAGAAUUUUUGGAAUGGCUUUUACAAAGUUCUGAAGAAGAUGUUCAUUGGAUUCAAUAUUAUAAACAUUGCGCUAUAUGUAAUAUACGAUAUAAUUUCGUUUUAAAGUUAGAUGAUUAUACAUAUGGACAAAUAAAUUAUAUUUUUUCUAAAUUUGGUUUGGAUAAAAAUAAAGUAUAUUUUCCCAAGUUAGAGGAAACACGAGGUGGAUAUACAAACUUCGAUAUCACAUGUAAAUAUUUUGCAAAUUUAACACAAGAUAUAGUUUUGAAAUUAUAUGAAAAAUAUAAAAUUGAUUUCGAAAUGUAUAAUUAUAAUGUUAAUCAAUAUAUAAGUUGUGCAUAUAAAAAAUAUGAAAAAUUUUAAUCAAAUAAAAUAAUAUAAUAUUUUGUAGUAAGAAAAAUGUAUUUAUUCGUUUUUGUAUAAAAAUGUAUACCAUAACUAUAA